AUGGAUGAUGAGAAGAAACUUAGAGAAGAGAGAUUGCCACGCUCAGCUUCACGUGUCCUUCAUCUUGGUCAAAUUCCAAGUGAUGCGACUGAAGCAGAUGUCAUUUCAUUAGGCCUUCCUUUUGGCACAGUAACCAACCUCUUGAUGCUAAAAGGGAAAAAUCAGGCACUUUUGGAAAUGGCUUCUGAAGAAACUGCGGUUACUAUGGUGAACUACUAUGCUACUGCUAGACCUUAUCUCUGCAAUCGGCCUGUUUAUAUUCAGUAUUCCAACUACAGAGAACUUAAGACUGACAAUCUGCCUAAUCAGGCUAGAGCCCAAGCUGCAUUGCAAGCUAUGAAUGCUAUGCAGUCUGGAAACAUGGCUACUGCAAGUACUCCCGUUGCUGAAGGUGGGCCCCUUCCAAGUCAAGGUUCUGUUCUUCGGGUCAUUGUUGAAAAUCUUUUCUACCCUGUCACUUUAGACGUGCUGUGUCAGAUUUUCUCUAAAUUUGGAUCUAUCUUGAAGAUUAUCACCUUCACGAAGAACAGUGUGUUCCAAGCUUUGAUCCAGUAUGCUGAUCCAAUGAAUGCAUAUUAUGCCAAAAUGGCUCUGGAUGGCCAAAGUAUUUACACUGCAUGCUGCACUCUGCGUAUUGAUUUCUCCAAGUUGACUAGCCUUAAGGUAAAGUACAACAAUGAGAAAAGCAGAGAUUUCACUCGCCUUGACCUUCCUUCUGGUGAUAGCCAACUGCCCCUGGAGCCAUGCAUAGCUCCUCCUGCCUUUGGCACCCCAAAUAUUAUCUUCUCAUCAUAUGGAGGGCCUGCUGAGUUUGCCCCAGGCAUGGGCUUUGCUGAAGCUGCUGGUGUUUCGGUUCCGGGUAUUCCUGGAGCAUUUGGUUCUCUCACAGUCACCGCACCUGGACAGAUGAUGACUCCUGGUGUUUUUGGUGUUCCAGGAAAUUCUGUUUUACUAGUCAGCAACCUCAACCCUGAAGCCAUCACACCAUAUGGACUUUUCAUCCUGUUUGGUGUGUAUGGUGAUGUGCAUCGUGUGAAGAUCAUGUUUAACAAAAAAGAAAAUGCUUUGAUUCAGAUGGCAGAUGCAUUCCAGGCUCAAUUAGCUAUCAGCUACUUGAAUGGACUGACGCUUUAUGGAAAGGUCCUCCACGCUAGUCUUUCAAAAUAUCAGGCAGUUCAACUUCCUCAUGAGGGACAACAGGACCAAGGUCUAACAAAGGACUACAGCAACAGCCCUUUACAUCGCUUUAAGAAGCCUGGCUCUAAGAACUUCCAAAACAUCUUUCCUCCAUCUGCCACCCUGCAUCUCUCCAACAUCCCGCCUUCUGUUACUGUUGAUGAUCUGAAGAACCUUUUUGCCAGUACAGGAUCUACUGUGAAAGCCUUCAGAUUUUUCCAACACAAUUACAAAAUGGCUCUUAUCCAGCUGGGCUCUGUGGAAGAAGCAGUUCAAGCUCUCAUUGCGCUUCACAAUCAUGACUUUGGAGAAAACCAUCACCUCCGAGUUUCUUUCACAAAAUCUACAAUCUGACUUUUCUGUGAACUUUCCUUUAAGACUGCAUCACAGUUUUAGUAAAAUCUUCAAACAGGGACUGAAACAGGUGUGACCAGCUCUGUCUCUCAAAAGAAAAAGCUCAUUCAUACACAAAGAAUUAAGUAAUGAUCUUUCCUGAGUUUAGCUGCCAGUAUGUGAUCAAAGUUUAAUAUUAAUCCAUAGAAAGAUGAUUCUGUGAAAUUGCUUUAGCAACAAUAUGUAUC